AUGGCAGAAAUACUUUCUGGGAAAUCGCGUGAUGAUAUCAUGGAUCGCUAUAAUAUAUUAAUUGAAGACUUGCCUUCCAUCGAGUCUGGCCUUGUUCCAUUACCUAAUUAUCCAAAAAUGCAAAGCAAUUCCAAUCAGAAAAGUUCAAAAGUAUACAUACAAUGGAGAACAGGGACUCCUUGGACAAAAGAGGAAUACAGAACACCAACGCAGGUGGCUACCCAUGCCCAAAAGUUUUUCAAGCACCUCAAUGCCACCAAAAAAUGGAGUAGAAAAUCAAAAGCAAAAGUAAGCAUUCUCGAUAUUGUCACACCCCUUUUUUCACCAUCCAAGACGAAGAAGGGUUUUUCCAAGUAA